ACCCAAAUCCUUUUAGGGUAUUUACUAUCUCAAUAUGCUCACUUAAAUGAGAUAUAAAUGAAUCAAAACGGGAGGUUACACCUCGGGAGGUUCCCUCGUGAGAACAGAAGCUUUGUUUUUCAGAGUGUCUAUAGCUAAUUCAGAUCUAUAUAAUGUACAUAAUUUCGACUCAAACGUGAUUGAAUAGUUAGAGAACUUCACUCGUCAGAUCAUCUUCAAAAUUGAUUUUCGAAUUGAAAUUUUGUAUAAAUAAAGUUUUUCAUAAAAGUAUUUCAUUUUAAAAGUAACAGCAGAUUUUGCUCAUAUAUCUUGUUGUCAGAGGUCAAUAUUGAAAAUUCUGUUAAGGUGGAACCUCUUCCCCUUCUUUUCGACACUCUUGGAGAACAGCAUCUCCUUUCUUCUAUGAGAUAUCAGGAUUUUUUGACGGUUAAAAGUUGUCCUGCUCGCUCAGUUACAAUACGUCUGAUACAGUUGAAAAGUUUUUUAGUAUUAAUGAGCGUGAUUUUUCAGUUCUAAUAGUUUCAGUCAUUGCGAACAGUAUUAGAAUAUGUUCCGUACAUUUUAAAUCUUACUAGUCUCUACCUAAUGAAAUAAUAUUUAUCUUGAAAUUAAUGGCAACACUUUUUUUUUUCUCUUCCAGGAAGAUCUUCAUCAAAAUCAUCUUAUCGAUCAUUCAUCAUCACCAUCAUAUACAGGUGCAAAUAUGUAUACACAACAUCAUCAAAUAUUAAAACCGACACAAACAACAAGUGAUUAUUAUAGUAAUAGUAGCAAACAUGAAGAAGAUGCUGAUGAAUUGGCUGAUGAACAUCGACCCACAAUUAUUAAUAAUACAGAAUGGUCAAUUGAAAAAAUUCUUUAUCCAGAUUGGUUAUAUAAAGAUAUAACAAUGAAAUCAAAAAAAUAUUUGAAUACAUCAACAUUUAAUGAUUUUAAUUCAUGUCAAACAUUGGAAACAAAUGAAAAUCAAUUAAAUAAAUCUAUGAAUGGAAAACGAACAAUAUCAUCAAAUAUUCAACCAUCACCAAAACAAGUUCGAUUUGAAUAUCAAAAACAAAUACGUUCAUAUCCACAUUUAAGUACAACUAUUCAACAAUUAAAAACACGAACAACAACUGUUUCAAAUAAGGAUUUACAUGAUACAUUUAUUUAA